AUGAAGGGCGACGCAAACAUUGUGGGCGCUGCCCUGAACGAAGUUCUGCCUCAAACCGAUAAAUAUUGGUUUCAGCAACCUCACCUUUUGAAGCUUAAUCUUGUGCUCCUGGUGCCCAUGCUGUCUUCUUCUGUUUUCGGGUACGACGCAUCGCUGAUGAACGCGCUUCAAUCGCUCGAGCAGUGGCGCAUGUACUUUGGCGACCCCAAAGGAGCCCUUUUGGGCACAGUCGUUGCGUCUCAGUCGAUCGGAUGCCUCAUCGCUUUGCCAAUCGCUGGCGACUUCUGCGAUCGUUUUGGUCGAAAGCCUAUUCUCUUCGCCGGUAUUCUUCUCAUUUGUGCCGCAGCGGCGAUCCAGGGGGCUGCUGUGAACUUGCCAAUGUUUAUCAUAUGUAGACUGCUCGUCGGAUUUGGAGGAAUCUUCAGCUCGCAACCUAGUCCAAUGCUGAUUGCCGAGCUCGCCUACCCGACGCAUCGUGGUAAAUACACGUCGGCAUAUUGGACCCUAUUCUAUCUCGGCAGCAUUCUCUCUUCCUGGGCCACCUUCGGUACGAAAGAUCUUCAGAGCGACUGGUCCUGGCGCAUUCCAUCCAUACUCCAAGCUGGCUACCCAUUAGUUCAAUUGAUCUUUAUAUGGUGGUUGCCUGAGUCGCCACGAUGGCUAGUCGCCAAAGACAGACAACAUGAGGCAGCCUUAAUUCUCCAGGCAUAUCACGCUGGUAUCACGGACCCCGAAGCUGAGCUCUCGCCCCUUGUCGCCGUUGAGCUCGCCGAGAUCCGAGAAGCCAUCAAGAUGCAGCAGGACGCCAACCAAGUCGGCUGGUCAGCAUUAGUCUCCACGCCAGGGAACCGAAAACGAACCAUCAUUGCCAUCGCGGUUGGCGGUUUUGCCCAGUGGAAUGGAGUUAGUGUCGUUUCGUACUUCUUGAAUAGCGUACUGAACUCAGUCGGCGUCACUUCUGCAUACACGCAAACUCUGAUCAAUGGACUUUUACAACUCUUUAACUUCUUUGCAGCUGCAUCGGCCGCUCUACUUGUCGAUCGAUUAGGCCGUCGCACACUCUUCUUGUGGAGUACUGUCGGUAUGCUGUUGUCGUAUAUCAUCUGGACGGCAUGCUCUGCAGUGAAUCAAGAGACCGGGUCUAAACCAGCUGGCAUCAUCGUUAUUGUGUGCGUAUUCGUGGUUUUUUUCCACUACGAUAUCGCAUGGACCCCUUUGUUACUCGGAUACCCUACCGAGAUUUUCCCCUACUACCUCCGCUCCAAGGGCCUAGCUAUUGAGAUGGUCUCGGUCUAUAGCUGUUUGGUUAUUGCUGCGUUUUGCAAUCCAAUUGGCCUUGAGUUAAUUGGCUGGAAGUAUUACAUUGUCUUUUGUUGCUUCCUUGUCUUUAUCGCUGCCACUGUUUAUUUCUACUUCCCGGAAACGAAAGGCCACACGUUGGAGGAAAUUGCUGUCAUCUUCGAUGGUGAAGAUGCUGCCUUGGUAGGAGCACAUGGUGGCAAACAACAGGACCUUUCCGCUAAAAGCGUACACCUAGAAUUAGGUCAGAACGGGUCGAAGAAGAGCUCCAGAAUCAAUCAACACGAGGAUUAG